UGGUAAAAUUAAUAUUAGAGGAAAAUAUUUUGAUACACAUGUAAACAAAUAUACUUAUGUGACAUUUGAUUUUCUUGAUUGCUUUACUGGCUGAAACGAAUCUGUUCGUAUACACAAUAGAUGAGUACUUUGGCGGUUGAAUUUAGUGGUGAAAAAGUGAAAGCAAUGUGGGAUAAGAGAUUGACAGAAAUAUUUUGUGAUAUUUUUAUUAAAGAGAUAUUGAAAGGCAAUAGGCUUGGUACUCAUUUCACAAAAGAUGGAUGGUUGAAAAUAAUGACCAACUUUGAGAAAGAAACGAGCAAGGCUCUUUCACAAAGACAACUUAAAAAUAGGUGGGAUGCCCUAAAAAAAGAAUGGAAAGCUUGGAAGAAACUUAAAGGCAAAGAUACUAGUCUAGGGUGGAAUCCUAUAAAAAGAACUGUUGAUGCAUCAGAUGAUUGGUGGGAGAGUAGGCUAAAGGUUGUGCCUGAAGCUCAAAAAUUUAGAACAUCGGGCGUUGAUCCUGAAUUCGAAGGGAAGUUGGACCAAAUGUUCAUGGGGAUAGUUGCAACAGGUGAUAAAGCAUGGGCACCUUCUUCUGGUACACUCCGUAGUGAUUUUUUUGAGGAUGUUAACAACGAAAUACCUUAAGAGAAUGAAGAAGAAAAUGUGAGAAAUGAUAUUCACAUUUCAAAUAAUGUUCAAAUUGAUGGAAAUGGUCAAAAAAGAAAAAAACCCUGAGAUAUCAAGUUCACAUUUUAAAACUGGAAGAAAGAAAUCCUCAAAGCAAAUUGGAGGGCUGCAAGAUUGUCCAGUCAAAUAGAAAAAUUAUGCAAUGCAGCUAACAAUAUGAGUCAAGCCACAUCUAGUUUGACUCCUAUUAUGGAUCUAUAUGGUAUUCCACAAGCAGUCAAAGUGCUUGACAGCAUGUCAGAAGAAGUUCCAGAAGCUAGUCCGCUAUACUUUUUCGCACUUAAAUUAUUGCUCAAUAAGGACAAGCGAAUUAUGUUUUUAUCAAUUAAUCCCAAGAUUAGAGCUUUGUGGCUUAAGACGGAAAUGGAGGAUAGUUGAAAAUUUUCUGAUCUUCUAGGGUUCAGAGAUAUCUAUUAUGUGACUUAACAACAAUGCUAAACUAGUUUUAUCAAUAGUUAUUUAUGUUUGGUUUUUGGAUAUUGAA